AUGUUUAAAAAAUCAAUUCAAUUGGGUUUACCAAGAAGAACAACUAUCAACACAAAUUUACAAUUUGUAAGAAGAAUUUCAGCAGAUAUUAAUAAUGGUCAAGCUGGUCAAAAAACUUGGCCAAAUAUAGAAAGUUUUGUAAAUACUUUCCGUAGAGAAGGUUAUAGUUUAAUUGGUUGGGGUGUAGCAUUAAGUGCAAUAUUAUUUUGGGGACCAUAUUUAACUGUUAAAGGUUCAAAAGCAGUAGAUCAUGUACCACAUGAUACUGGUGCUCAAGUUAAAUUAGAAAAAAUUGGAUUUAAUGAUUAUAAACCAGUAGUUGAUAUUCCACAAACUUAUGUCAAACCAGAUAAAGAUGUUGAUGAUGAAGCUGAAGACGUUGAUGUUGAAGAUGAAGAUUAA